AUGGCGUUGCGGACUGUCCGAAACUUACCCUGUUUUUUAAGUGUACUCGGCGUGUUGCUUCUAAGCAGUGGCCCAUCCCGAGUCUCCUCUUGUCCGAGCCGCUGUUUAUGUUUCCGUACCACUGUCAGAUGUAUGCAUUUAAACCUGGAAUCAGUGCCCGCUGUUCUUCCUCAGACAACAAUCCUAGAUCUAAGAUUCAACAAAAUCAAGGAUUUACAGCCAGGCUCCUUCAGACGACUAAAAAACCUCAAUACACUCCUUUUAAAUAACAACCAUAUUAGAAGAAUCCCAAGAGGAGCCUUUGAAGAUUUGGAAAACUUAAAAUAUCUCUAUUUGUACAAGAAUGAAAUCCAGGCGAUAGACAGAGAAGCUUUUAAGGGGCUCGUCUCUCUAGAACAACUAUACCUGCACUUCAACAACAUUGAGUCUUUGGAGCCGGAGUCUUUCUCUCAUCUGCCCAAGCUUGAGCGGUUGUUUCUGCACAACAACAGAAUUACUCAUCUUGCAUUAGGAACCUUCUCCCACCUGCAGUCCAUGAAGAGACUGCGCCUCGACUCAAACUCACUGCACUGUGACUGUGAACUGCUGUGGUUGGCCGAUCUGUUGAAGCAGUACGCAGAGUCCGGUAACGCUCAAGCCGCAGCUACAUGCAACUAUCCCAGCCGCUUGCAGGGACGCUCGGUCGCAACUCUCACUGCAGAGGAGCUCAACUGUGAAGUUCCCCGGAUCACAUCUGAGCCGCAGGAUGUGGACGUAACCUCUGGGAACACUGUGUACUUCACAUGCAGGGCAGAGGGCAACCCCAAACCUCAGAUCAUCUGGCUCAGAAACAACAAUGCUCUGAACAUGAGGGACGACACACGUCUCAAUCUUUUGGAAGAUGGGACCCUGAUGAUCCAGGACACACGAGAAACAGACCAGGGAGUUUAUCAGUGCAUGGCCAAAAACGUGGCUGGAGAGGUGAAGACCUCAGAGGUCACCUUGCGAUACUUCAGAUCACCAUCUCGACCUAGUUUCGUGAUCCAGCCGCAGAAUACAGAGGUUCUGGUCGGGGAGAGCGUGACCCUGGAGUGCAGUGCGACGGGCCAGCCGCAGCCCCGUGUGACCUGGACCAAAGGAGACCACACAGCCCUCCCAGUGGACCCCCGCAUCAACAUCACUCCUUCAGGAGGUCUCUACAUCCAGAACGUCAAUCAGGCCGAUGGGGGACAGUACACCUGCUUCGCAAGCAACAACGUGGACACCAUCCACGCCACUGCGUAUAUUAUAGUACAGGCUCGUCCUCAGUUCACAGUGACCCCUCAGGACCAGUCUGUGCUGGAGGGUCUUACAGUUGACUUUCGCUGCGAGGCCAGCGGCUACCCUCAGCCUGUCAUAGCAUGGACUCGCGGCGGCAGCCCUCUGCCUAAUGACAGACGGCACGUUGUUCUCUCAUCGGGAAGCUUGCGCAUCAGCCGCGUGGCCCUUCAUGACCAGGGCCACAUCACACUUUCCAAAACUUUUACUAAAAUUAAAUCACCAGUAACGCCUGUUUUCACAAGCGCUCCAAGGGAUACGACUGUGGAGUCUGGAUCAGAUGUCCAGAUUCCGUGCAGUGCGAAGGGUGAGCCCACACCUAUCAUCACAUGGGGCAAGGAUGGAGUCCAGAUUACAGAGAGUGGGAAGUUUCAUAUCAAUCCAGUUGGCUAUCUGGAAGUGCAUGACGUGGGGCUUGCCGAUGGGGGACGAUAUGAGUGUGUAGCCCGCAACUCCAUUGGAUAUUCCUCAUCUAGUAUGGUGCUAACAGUGCAAGUCCCGCAGGUGAGCAGGGAGGGUGAUCCGUUUGUCUCGACGUCUCUUGAAGAGGCCAUUCGGAGCAUAAACAGCGCAAUAGACUCCACCAGGAGGCAGCUCUUUGAUGGAUCUCCUCGUACCCCUGCCGAGCUUCUGGCUUUGUUCCGUUACCCCCGGGACCCCUACACAGUGGAGCAGGCCAGAGCUGGAGAGAUUUUUGAGCAGACCCUACUUCUCAUCCAGAGGCAUGUCAACCAGGGCCUCAUGGUGGACACCAAUGGAACAGCCUACCGCUACAAUGACUUGGUGUCACCGCAUUUUCUGGAUAUGAUAGCUAACCUGUCUGGCUGCACGGCCCAUCGACGCUUCAACAAUUGCUCGAAUAUCUGCUUCCACCAGAAGUAUCGCACCCAUGAUGGCACUUGCAACAACCUGCAGCACCCCAUGUGGGGAGGCUCGCUCACUGCCUUCGAGCGCUUGCUAAAGCCCGUCUACGACAAUGGCUUCAAUCUCCCACGUGGUGCCUCUGAGCGAAGGCACAGUGGCUUCCCUCUGCCACUUCCACGUCUGGUCUCCACCACCAUGAUCGGAACGGAGACCAUCACCCCAGACGAUCGCUACACACACAUGCUUAUGCAGUGGGGCCAGUUCCUUGACCACGACCUGGAUUCAACUGUUGUAUCCCUCAGCCAGUCUCGUUUCUCCGAUGGACAGUUGUGCACCUCGGUGUGCACCAACGACCCACCUUGCUUUCCCAUCAUGUUCCCUCACGACGAUCCACGGCAGCGGCACAACGGAGCAAGUUGCAUGUUCUUUGUGCGCUCUAGUCCCGUUUGCGGCAGUGGAAUGACCUCUCUGCUUAUGAACUCUGUGUAUCCACGCGAGCAGAUGAACCAGCUCACCUCCUACAUCGAUGCUUCCAAUGUUUACGGCAGCUCACAGCACGAGGCAGAAGAGAUCCGUGACUUGGCCAGCCAUCGGGGCAUGUUGCAGCAGGGUAUUGUGCAACGCACCGGCAAGCCAUUGCUCCCCUUUGCAACUGGCCCACCAACAGAAUGCAUGCGGGACGAAAACGAAAGCCCCAUUCCUUGCUUCCUAGCUGGGGACCAUCGUGCCAAUGAGCAGCUUGGGUUGACGGCUAUGCACACGGUUUGGUUCCGUGAACAUAACCGCAUAGCCAGCGAGUUGCUACGUCUCAACCCCCAUUGGGAUGGCGACACCAUUUACCAUGAGGCACGGAAGAUAGUUGGAGCCCAAAUGCAGCAUAUAACCUACAGCCAUUGGUUGCCCAAAAUACUGGGCGAGGCUGGCAUGAGGCUACUGGGUGACUAUAAUGGCUAUAAUCCCAAUAUUAAUGCCGGCAUCCUCAACGCUUUUGCAACUGCUGCCUUCCGCUUUGGCCAUACGCUCAUUAACCCCAUUCUGUACCGGCUCGAUGAAAACUUUCAGCCCAUCCAGCAAGGACACAUCUCACUGCAUAAGGCUUUUUUCUCACCCUUCCGUAUUGUGAACGAAGGAGGCAUCGAUCCUUUGCUCCGUGGCUUGUUUGGAGUGGCAGGAAAAAUGCGCGUGUCCACUCAACUGCUUAACACCGAACUUACUGAACGGCUUUUCUCGAUGGCGCAUUCAGUGGCACUCGACCUUGCUGCCAUGAAUAUCCAAAGGGGGCGUGACCACGGUAUACCCCCCUACAAUGACUACCGGGUGUUCUGCAACCUGACGUCCGCGCAGACGUUUGAUGACUUGAGGAAUGAGAUUCAGAAUCCCAGUGUGCGAGAGAAGCUUCAAAGGCUGUAUGGCACACCUCAGAAUAUUGACCUGUUUCCUGCGCUGAUGGCUGAAGAGCUGGUGCCUGGCAGCAGACUGGGACCGACCCUCAUGUGUUUACUGGCAACCCAGUUCAAGCGUCUCAGAGAUGGUGACCGGUUUUGGUAUGAGAACCCUGGCUCCUUUAGCCCUGCUCAGUUGACCCAGCUGAAGCAGACGUCUCUCGCCCGGGUGUUGUGUGACAAUAGCGACAACAUCACUCGAAUCCAGUCAGAUGUCUUUAGCGUGGCUAAAUUCCCUCACAGUUAUGGAAGCUGUGAUGAUGUACCUAAGAUUGACCUACGUAUGUGGCAGGACUGCUGUGAAGACUGCCGUACUAAAGGUCAGUUCAACGCCCUGUCGUACCACUUCAGAGGCCGCAGGUCAGCAGAGCACAGCUACGCGGAGGAGAAACCUGCCAGCAACCUCACGGGCAACAGCAGGUGCAACUCACAAGCUUCAUUUACAGUCUGCUGCUCAUUUCUGGAUUUCACCAAAGAUUCCUAAAAUGAAACCAUUUUUUCUCUCUGUUGGAACUGACAGAUAAAAAGACUUGAAGGCCGUCUGAGCAGGACAGACUGUGCAGAUGAGGACGGGAGAGAGCGAGGAGAUGGAGAGAGUUGGAAGAAGAACCCCUGCACCACCUGUCAGUGUCAUGAGGCCCAGGUGACGUGUUUCGUGGAAAAGUGUCCGCAGACAGCAUGUCUGAAGCCAGUGAUUCCCAAAGGCUCGUGCUGCCCCGUGUGCCUCAACCAGCCAUCACAACCGCAGGAUAACGAGCGCCACGUAUAACCUCAGGACACUUAACCAAUGUGACCUUGAGCUCAUGCCUCCAUUUGUUCAAUAGUUGCGUUUCAGGGUUUUUUGUUGUUUGUCAUGUAUUUUUUUUGCAUAUCCUCAGAUGCCCUCUGCAAAGAACCAAAAAUACACUGCCUUAAAAAGUGUCUAAACGGAUGAAUGUGGGGCCCUGUUUUCCUCCUCAGGCAUGUUAACCGGGAGACGACUACCCAAAGUGUUCAUUUACGAGACCGAGAAUGGGCGGCUCCGGUCCUGGAGGGACACUUUCCUGCAGAGUUCAGCUCUUAUCACUAAUCAAACACACCAAACCAAAGUCUUCAGGAUUCCUUGAAAAUUACUGUACAGUCAGUUGCGCUCAAAAAAGACGAAAAAACAUUU